ACCGUUCUGGUGCCAGGAACUGGGGAGUAAAGUAGACUGAGAAGGAGGAAACCUGGAGGCAAUAAUAGAUUGCUACAAAACAACAGGAAUCAUAUUGGAUAGAUAUUUAUUUGCUUAGCUCACGUUAUGUCCACAAAGACAGAGCAGUGAGAGCGGACGUUUUACAGAUAUGUUGUUUAGUCGAUGUACAGCGAGAUAGCGAGCUGCUGGAUUCGCUCAUCGAAGUUUAGGCUGAAAAAGUUACAGCGGCUCGGCUAGCCGUUAACGUUGUCAUUAGAGCUGCCUUCUACGUGUGACACAGCCCUACAGAACGAAGUCAGACAACAUGGUGUCCUGGAUCAUUUCGAGAAGCGUUGUGCUCGUGUUUGGGACUCUGUAUCCUGCAUACUACUCUUACAAAGCUGUCAAGACUAAAAAUGUCAAGGAGUAUGCUCGUUAUGGAUCCCUGAAAAUUAAAGGCAAGAAGAGACCAGCACUCAGCUCCGUUAACUAUGGGAUGUGAACAGACUACUGAUGACGCACAUUCACAUUUACAAAGUAGAGCAGUCUGCUGAUUGGUGGAUGGUAUUGUCAGCCUGUAUUCCAUUUCUUCUCAGUCUGACUUACUCUUCUGUCUCUUUGAUGAUGAGCUUUCUUCUCACAUAUUUAUUACCUAAUUCAUCCAGAGCCAGCGACUCUAGCUAGAACUAGAUAUUUUUUUUUGGGUGAUAGCGUACAUGUUUUUUACAAAGAUUAUUUUGGGGUUUUUCUGCCUUUAUUGAUAGCUCAACAGCUGAAGAGUGACAGAAAGGAGGGAUAGGAUGUACCCCGCUGCAGUAAGGACUCAGCUUUAGUGCGUGGUGCGUUGUUCUACCAGGUGAGCUGUCGGGCUCAAUGGUGUACAUGUUUUUUGCAUGACGUGUGUGUGUGUGUGUGUGAUUCAUCUGUUGUUUAUUGUAGUUUAAUUGUAGUUUUUAGGUGUGAUGUUAUGUAUGUGUUGUCUUUUAGAUUUUAGAUCCAUCACUUGAGUCUUUUUGGUUAAGUUUUGUGGUACCACUUUCUAAUAAGGCAUCUUUUAUAGAGUUUAUAAAUUAAUGGCUUGAUGCAUAGUUAAAUAAUUUACUUUUAAUUAAUAACAACAACUUACAUUUACCUGGUCGUGAAAAGUCCCUUUUAGUGUUUUUUCCUCCCCCAACCCUUAAACUCUUUAGUUCAACAGGGCGACUCCUCCAAUAGAAUGUUGGACCAUUUUCCUUCGGGAGAAUGUUGCAUGGCAUAACAUUUGAAAGUGUUGACUUGGUAGGUUAUUAUCAAGUGAACCCCAUGACCCCUUAUUAAAGCAGCAUUAAUUUACAUUUUGGCCAAUUGGGGGCAGCACAACAAGCUAUAAAUCUAUCAUUUUACUUAAUAUCCGGAGUGUAAAGUUGUUAUGGUGGACAUUACACAUGAAUCCAUUGUUAAUGUGACAUGAGUUAAUUAAUUAAGCUUUAACGUGCAAAAAUGCACCGUGUGACACAUUCUUCCUCUUUCAAAUAAUGAGUUGAAUUUAUAAGCAAUGAAAUACACCCAAGGGUUUUGCUGCUAGAGUAUUACUUGGUCUAGCAGUGACUUAUGGUGGCUAAUAGGGCUGUCACUUUUUAUUCGAAAUUCGAAAAUUCGUUCAAAUGUGGCUAAUUUUGGAAGUGUAAUGACCUGUUCGAAUUCAAAAUUGAAUCUAUUCUAUAAACGCAACCGUUUGAAGUAACGUUAGUUAUCCUCGUGAUCCAGCAGAGGGCGCUCCACUACUAACUUACUUAUAAUGUUGUUUACUAAGGAAAUAGAGGACACUAGCAAAGCAUGGAGCAAACCCGUCCUGAGCAGACAUUUAUGACACUAAAAUAUCUGAGUGCCAUCCCCGAUUAGAGAGCAAGAUUUAUAUGCAAGGACAUGCUGAUAUGUCGCUCAUUGGCGUGGUAAGAGCGAAUGUCUUAUCCUAAUAGUAUAGUGUUUUACGCCAUGUUUUGUCAUUGUACUAUGUGUUUAUAGAUCAUUUAUUCGAUAGCAUUCGACUAAAUUGCGUGUCAUCUGAAAUAAAUUCGAGCGUGAUUUUUGGAAAAAGUAACACGCUAAUGUUAGCAACCUUUAGAUAGAUGCUAUGUGUUAGAACCAAGUGUGCAUCUAUUGUGACGUCAUCUAUUGGUUUGUUGGUGCGUUCGUUUUGUCUUGCAGCUCGAGAGUGACGUCACAUCCGUU